UGUUAGCGAGAAUUUUCAUCAAUUCACAUUUUUUCCUCUCGCGAGUCGCAUUUAUUGUCACCGGCGCACUGGAAUAUUAUUUUCGAGGUCCGCAAAAAUAAAUUAGCGGACGCCGAUAGCAUUUGGUGGUGCAUUUAUUACGUUUAAUUGCCUUAUCGAUUGGCUGGCGUGUCGCGUGGCAACUCUGAACUGUACUUCUGAUACAGAUAAAAAACUAUUGACUAUUGAACCGUCUAUCUAUAAUCGAGAAAUUGCGCGCUAAUUCCUUUAUUGAAGAGCAAUCGUCGUCGGAUCGAAAUCGAAAUACUUGUUCAACAGAUCCCCCAACAACUGAAGAUGAGUGAGGAGGUUCCCGCGUCGCCGGUCGCCAUCAGCGAACUCAAAUACGAAGAUAUGGGGCAGCUCAACUUUUCCAAACUGUACUCGCCCAAGAUGAAGAGCGUCUACUGGCGCUACUUCGGCUUCCCGUCCAACGACAACAACGAGGUAAUCACCAAGCAGAACGUGGUGUGCAUCAAGUGCCACAAGGUCCUGACCAACCACGGCAACACCACCAACUUGCGGGCGCAUCUCCAGCACCGCCACAAGGAUCUUUUCAAGGAGCUGUGCCAGGAGCACGACAUUCACGUACCGCCGCGGAAAACGCCGCGCAACGUUACGCACCCGCCGCUGUCCAAGCGCAAUGUGUCCACGCGCCGCGUAAAGUUGGAGUUCAUCAAUAAUCGAAACCACGACAACGCUUCGGAUGAGGAACUGGACGAGGCAGCCGUGGCUACAGCAGCCAUGCAGGCGGAAGAGGAUGGCUCCUCACAGACAUUGCUGUACGAGACCAUGGUCCCGUUUACCUAUGACGAGGCCGAUCAGCUGGUAGAGGAAGAUGAGCGCAUGGUCACUAUGGAGACAAAGUUCGCCCGUAAGCGCAAACUGGCUACUCCCUCGGGCUCCCUGCACCAUUCGCGAGCCAUAAAGCACGAGGAUGGCGGCUACGCGACGGCCGCCAUUGCCAAUCUGCCGGAGGCCCUCACGGACAUCGUGAUCAAGGAUCUGCGCAAUGUGGACUCCCUGUACGACGCUGGUUUCAGUGACUUUGUGCGACAGGCGGUGGGCGGCUCGGCCCCCAUGCCCGAACCGCAGAAGAUUGAAUCAUUGAUCGCCGAGAUGCAUGCCUCCAAGUUCCUGGAGAUUGGCGACAUCACGCGGGAGUUCACGAACGAGAAGCCCUUCUCCUUCGCCUUCGAGCAGUGGGUGAAUGUGGAGCAGCGGCGUUUCCUGAGCAUCUAUCACCAUUAUUUGGACGAGGAGACGCAGUCGGUCAGAAGCAUUCUGUACGCCACCGUUGAGUACACAGACUACAUCGUCUUUGACGAUCUGCUGACCGACUUUUACUUGGCCAACUGUACCUUGGCCAUCAUCAACUACGACGAUGAGCACGAGGACUUGCUGCACACAUAUCUCAGGGAGAAGAAUAUUCCCAUUAUAUUGUGCUACGUUACGGUUAUCGACAAAUGCCUGCGUCGCGUCUUCGAGAUCGAGGAGGUGGCUUCACUUCUAGAGCAGGUGAAGGAUAUUAUCCAGCGGCACUCGGCCGAGAUCAGCGCCAAGGUGGCGGAGCUGCCUUCUUACAAUGAGAACUUCCCCUGGACUCUGUACGAAAUGCUCAAGUUCUUUGCCGAGUCCAUUUCUUGGUCCGACGACAUGGACCAGCUCGUACUGACGGCAAAAACGGUGACUGAGGCUCUCAGUGCCCUGGUGAUUGCUCUGGACACGCUGCGCGGCGAGGAUAUCCCCUUGAGCAGCAUGCUGUCGCCGAUCACCUCCAAGAUUCUCAUCAAGAAGCUGGGCAUUGCCGAGCAAGACGACUCGCUUAUGAUGAAUGUGAAGCGCACCAUUGCCGGUGUCCUGCAGUCCCACAUCAUUUCCAACGACAAUCUGACCGCUGCCGCAUUGUUGGACCCGCGAUUCCAUCGCCUGACCACCAUUGACAAUCUGGACAGAUGUGUUCGCAUGUUGACCCACAAGUACAGCAAAGCCUUUGGCGGAACGUCUGGCGGCGACUCAACCGAGGUGGCCGCCACAACCCCCUCAACUGUAAACAUCAAGGCAGAGCCAAGGGUACUGGCUGGAGGAUCGGCCAGGCGGUCGAAACUGGAGCUACUCUUCGACAUUGCCGAGAUCCCGAAUCCGCCAAAGCGGGACUCUGACAGCACCGUAGAGACGGAUCUGAAGCGCUACCGCAACGAGGUGAUUGUCCAGCUCGACGAGUCACCCAUCGAGUGGUGGCACAAAAUGGGCCACAUAUACGGAACGCUGCGCGACCUGGCCACUCUGUACCAGAGCGUACCCGGCGUGGUUACUCUCAGCUUCAAGAAGGCUCUGCGCGACCAAAUCUACGAGUUCAACAAGCGCUAUAUGCUCACGGGCAACCAAAUCGAUGCAAUCCUCUUCCUGCACCAUCACAGCAACUAGGAACCCAGCUCAGAACCUUGUUUUUAUAUAUUAUAAAUACACUUUAAUUAUGUAUAUUAAUCUUAAUCCGACCGUAUGUAUGUAUGUAUAUGGACAAGACGGCACCACGGGCACUGCAAAAUCAUUACCAACCCAGAUUGGUAAAGAAAGGACACAUUUUUAAUAGCAUGUGGGAUCAUCCCUCGCGUAUAUGCUGUAUCCCACUGGAUCAUGUAACUCUUAGUAUAUAUAUGUUAACGAAAGUAAUUCAAAUAUUCAAACCAAAGGUCUUGGUUCGUCAAUCCAAACCCUUUCAAAUCAAGAAAAGGGAUUACAUUUGUUUUUAAAUGUUUGAAAAACAAUUCAUCGCUUAAACAGACUCUAAACUAAUUUUAAAAUGUGUAAAAAAUCGCUUAAUUUGUAGAUUGAUACUUGAACUUAGAGAAUCAAUCCUUACUUUCUUUAAUAUUUAGAAAUGGUCUCUUAUACCACAAUAAAUAUCAUAAAACUA